UCCAACUUUGCCAUCACUUUCUCAUCCUCAUUCACUACAGUCUUCAUUCCCUCAAUUGCCACCUCUGCAUCCCACGAACAUAACACCACCCUUCUAUUAAUAUAUCCUCGCCAAAUCAAGGCGUUGCUUCACACCUACCCUCCACGCCUUCUCCUUCCACAUCCGGAUAAUGACCGCCUCUCACCACCGCCAAAACGACCAAGAGACUAUCCUCGUCACCGGAGGGGCCGGAUUCAUUGGUUCCCAUACCGUUGUUCAGCUCCUCAGCCUCAGCAAGCGUCUUGUCAUCGUCGAUAAUCUCUGCAACUCUUCAGAAGAAGCCUUGCAUCGGGCGCAAGCCCUUGCUCACAACCCAAAGGGGUCUCUGAUUUUCCACAAGGUCGAUCUGCUCGACGGAGACGCACUGCAGAAGGUCUUUGAUCUCUACACAUUCUCGGCCUGCAUCCAUUUCGCAGGACUCAAGGCAGUAGGCGAAUCCUCCAAGAUUCCUCUCGGAUAUUACCAGACCAACAUCACAGGAACCCUCAAUCUGGUGCAGCUACUGCAGCAGCAUCAGUGCCGAAAUUUAAUCUUUUCGUCCUCGGCCACCGUCUAUGGAUUGACAUCAUCGCCCGAACCCAUCAAGGAGGAUGCGCCGAUCAAGGCAACGAACCCCUACGGACGCACCAAGCAGUACAUCGAAGAGAUUCUCAGGGACACCGCUGCCAGCGAACCAGACAAAUGGAACAUCAUUCUUCUGCGGUACUUCAACCCUGUCGGUGCACAUGAGUCUGGAAGGAUUGGCGAGGAUUCCAACGGACCACCCAACAACCUGAUGCCCUAUGUGGCCCAGGUCGCCAUCGGACGACGCUCCAUCGUUAAUGUCUUUGGAGACGACUACGACACAAAGGACGGCACCGGUGUUCGGGAUUAUAUUCACAUCGAGGACUUGGCGCGGGGACAUGUGGCAGCACUGGGAAAGAUCGAGACCGUCAGGCGAUCCAGCAAGACGCUGGGCUGUGUUCCUUACAAUCUGGGAACCGGGAUCGGACACUCUGUCAUGGAGAUGAUCAACAGCAUGUCUGAAGUGGUGGGCCGUAAGCUGCCUUACAAGAUCGUUGAAAGGAGACCCGGCGAUGUGGCGACGGUCAUUGCAGACCCCUCACUGGCGGCCAAAGAGAUGGACUGGAAGGCAGAAAAGACGCUGAAGGACAUGUGCACAGACCUAUGGAGGUGGCAGAUACAGAACCCAGAGGGAUACGCUGGGUCUCAGACGACACAUGGGCCCAGUUUGGCAUCUCCACUGACACCCUCACCGGUGCUACAUUCUCAUAUUGCUCUGCCAACCAUGGCAAUGGGAGCCAAGGCGAUGUCAGCAUCGAUUUCACCAGGAAAGAAGGCAGCGCUCGAUAGGAGGUCGACGCCAUCGCCUCCUCCAUUUACGAUGGCGAACUCGCCAGUCAAUUCGCCUCAGCCUGCUAGGACUGCAAAGAAGGCACACCAGAACGCCUUCUAAGGAGGACCAACAUUAUCCUCACUAUCGUUGUCAUCAUCAUUCGUCGUUUUGUUUGUUAGUCUAUUCGUUAGUCUUGUCUUUCAUGUAUUAUGCUCAUCAUUAAAAC